AUGUCAUCGCCAAAGCAAGACCGCAACAUCCCACCUGGAAUCAAGGACGAGAAACGGCGUACCAUCGUCAACAAAAACACUGGGGAGACGAUCACAUGGACCACAUACGGAUAUGAGAGCGGAGGGAAAGAAGCCAACGCGGUCCUCGUGUGCAAGCCUGGCGGCGGGCCACCCCUUCACUACCACACUAGCUACGCCGAGCGGUUCGAGGCGAUUGAGGGUGAACUGGGUGUGAUUUUGGGCAACAGAGAACCUAUCCACUUGAAGCCAGGCGAAUCGGCCGACAUUCCUAUCGGCACAGUCCACCGCUUUUUCAACGACGGAGACAAGGAAGUCACCUUCAAAGGCUUCGUCCUGCCCGCACAUGCAGGCUUCGAGAAGAGCUUGUACAUUAUGUUCGGCCUGAACAACGAUGGGCUGGCGGAUCCGGAGACGGGUAUGCCGCACAGCCUCUUGCAUACCGCUCUGAUCGGAGAGAUGAGCGACAUGAGAUUUCCAGGCUUCAAGGGCGGAUUGAUGAACUACGUUGGCAAAGUGCUGGCGACGUACGCGAGAUGGACCGGCGUCGAAGAUGAGUUGUUGAAGAAGUACUGGGAUUGA